AUGGCUCAAGCACCUGCUCCCAUUAGGACUCCUGCCCAUUUCAUCAAGCCUGAACCCUAUGCCACAGCUAGGGUGACCGUGCAAAUGCACAUAGAGAAAAAAUGUCUGCAGAUCAAACAAGGGAGCUUUCCAGACAUCAUAUCUGGGUCAUGGGACAUUGGGAACCAAUUGUCAGCGGGAGACCCUCCUACCCAGAGAACUUUGGAAGCUGCCCACUCCAAUAUGGAGUCAGAAGGCUUGGCUUUCCAAGAGCCAAAUACAAUAGAAUGGAUGGAGCUGAGUGUGCACCAACAGAAACUAACACCGCUGCAUGAAACCAUGAGGCAGCCAGACCAGGCUGUGACCCUCCCAGAGAGCCUGGUAGUCCAGAAAGCCCCAAAGAACUACAAAGGAUUCUCGGCAGACCAGGGAGCCAAGAGUUCCCAGAAAUGUGCUCAUUACCAGCGGCAAGAGAUGUUGAGUGCUCCAUGUACAUAUGGAAGUAGAACAGAGAAGCCCAAGCCAAGGGAAGUACUGGAAAGUGGAGCCACAGAGUCCCUGGGAUUGCCGGGCCAAGGGCAUCGGCUCAAGCCCAAACAAGAUAGAAGGCUCCAAAGGAGAAGAUCAGGGUGGAGGGGAUGCAAGGUGCGGGACCUCUUCUCUCAAAAGGAGGAGCCGAAAAGUUUGGACCGAAGCUCAUCUACGGAAUCCCUGUCAUCCCCACUCCCAGUCCAAACUCCUUCAACUCACACAGCCUCCCUGUCUUCACCCAGGGUCCCAAACUCCUGGACUGAACAGCUCCAGCUGGAGAAGAAGGGCUUUGUAACCAAAAUGUCAAGAAACCCUUUGGAGGAGACCUCGUUUUCCACUCCAGAGAAACCCAAGGACCCCCAAACAAAGCAAGAUGCCAGUGACCACAGGGACCAGUCUGUCACAUGGAGUAACAAGAAUGAGGAUUUUAAAUCGAAAGUCGUCUUGCUGAAUACUGAGUUCCUUCAGUUGACCAGACACUCUUCAACCGUACAGCAGCUCACAAUUUUGCCUAACAACCGUUCACUUUUUAGCCCUCAAGUCCAGAAGCUUCUAGAGGUGCACAUUCAAAAGAGAGUGCAUUUCCAGAGAUGGGGUCUCCCCCAGAGAGUACAGGAAUCAAUCCAACAACUCAUGCCAGAAGCAUGUCAACAUUCUUGCCCUGGGAAUCAAAUAGUCCCUUUCUUCCCAAAGGAAGUCUCCAACGUAUCUAUAGCAGAGGUGAAGAUUGCAGCCACCCAUCCCUUGGCACUGCGGGGGACAGAUCAGCCUGCUCAGCCCUUCCUGGGCUCUGAGAUGAUCCCUCCUGUUUUAGGAAAAGCAGAGCUGAGGAGAACUUCUGAAGAGUCCCCAAACUGCGUUAGCAUGGCUCUGCCUCCUCCUUCCAUCCCAGUCCUGACCAACUCCUGUCCCCUGAAUGGGGGGACUACUCACGUCAAGAAGAACUGUCUGCAACAGAAGUACAGUCAACUGUUCUGCGGUCUCCCCUCUCUGCACAGUGAAUCCCUGGUAGCCACCUUUCUGAGGCACGACUGCCUCUCCCCACGCAGUAGCGUCUCCUCUUUGGACAGUACUUUCCUCUUCAAUGAAUUGUCCUUCCUCCCCUUGCUGCCACAUUCUACCCCUCCUCCUUCUCCACCUAUUCUGAUUGGCAACAGCACCAAAGCCCCUGAAAAGACCCAAAUCAAUGUCCCAUUUCUCCCGGUAGCUGAAUGUGAAACCUUGGAGUGGCAUCUACUACAGAGACAGCUCCAAAUGCUAUGGGGUCUACCCUCCUUCAUCCAGAUGAGUCAACAGUCCCAGAGACCCCUCGAUCAUGAACUCUGUGAGGCAGAACGUCCCCAAAUGAAUGUCUCUGUCCUCACAAGGGAGCUUUUUUUCUUGCCGGACCGUGCCAGGAGGCUCCUUGAGCUACAUUUUCAGAAGCGGAUCCUUCAGCAUCAGCUAAGGCCACCUCAGUCAAGCCAGAAGUCUGUUCCCUUGCUUCUGUCCUCAAUUAACCAGCCACAAGUCCCUGAGAGCACCUCGAUCGAAGUGACACUUCCCCAGAAUGAAAAUCCCCAACUCAAGAUGGCUCAAGCACCUGCUCCCAUUAGGACUCCUGCCCAUUUCAUCAAGCCUGAACCCUAUGCCACAGCUAGGGUGACCGUGCAAAUGCACAUAGAGAAAAAAUGUCUGCAGAUCAAACAAGGGAGCUUUCCAGACAUCAUAUCUGGGUCAUGGGACAUUGGGAACCAAUUGUCAGCGGGAGACCCUCCUACCCAGAGAACUUUGGAAGCUGCCCACUCCAAUAUGGAGUCAGAAGGCUUGGCUUUCCAAGAGCCAAAUACAAUAGAAUGGAUGGAGCUGAGUGUGCACCAACAGAAACUAACACCGCUGCAUGAAACCAUGAGGCAGCCAGACCAGGCUGUGACCCUCCCAGAGAGCGUAAUGGAGAAACUGCAAAUGAUUUUGAGACACAAAUACUUGACUUUCUUAUCAGGAUUACCAGCUCUUUAUUAUGUGGCUCUCUAUAGGGCAAUGUCCCCUUUAGCUAUUUCCCAAACGGAUGUGCCUGGCAUGGGGCAAGGGGUAGUAAAGGAACAAAUUGACCCCAUAAGCUACAGGAUAUGGGCUGAAGAACAAUCAGUUCUCCCCAAAGCAGAGAUUAAUGAUUCCACCACGAAUUCUAGGGACACUGGAAAUGAAUUAGUGGUUUCACAACAGAUAAACGUCUCAGAGGCAGUACCAGAAAGAGGAGGUGAUGAGAAGAGUCCACAGGGAAUAGGUGAACAAAGAGGGUUUGACUGCCCACAGCGUCCCUAUUCGCCAAGUAAGUCUGUCAUCUUGGCCAAGAUGGAUUCCCACCUAAGGAAGAAGGUGUUAGAAGUAAGUAUGGGGAUUCCCCAGAAAGCUAUAUAGAUCUCUGAAGCUCUGCAAUUUUCUUUACCUGAGCCUGGCUUAGGACAUGUUCCCACAGCUGGUAGUCCAGAAAGCCCCAAAGAACUACAAAGGAUUCUCGGCAGACCAGGGAGCCAAGAGUUCCCAGAAAUGUGCUCAUUACCAGCGGCAAGAGAUGUUGAGGUUCCAAGCUGGACGUAUUUUAAGGAGCAGCUCUCCAAUAAGCUGGAGCUCAGUUUGACGAGAACAUCAGAGUACCAAACUCAAAGCUCCCCCACAGCUCUUUCCCUGACAUCCCCCCAGAUCCCAGGCUUCCAGGUUUGCAAGGUUACCCCGCCACACUCCCCGAAAAAGCCCAGUAGGGGCAUGGCUGAUGCUCAAGUGCUCCAUGUACAUAUGGAAGUAGAACAGAGAAGCCCAAGCCAAGGGAAGUACUGGAAAGUGGAGCCACAGAGUCCCUGGGAUUGCCGGGCCAAGGGCAUCGGCUCAAGCCCAAACAAGAUAGAAGGCUCCAAAGGAGAAGAUCAGGGUGGAGGGGAUGCAAGGUGCGGGACCUCUUCUCUCAAAAGGAGGAGCCGAAAAGUUUGGACCGAAGCUCAUCUACGGAAUCCCUGUCAUCCCCACUCCCAGUCCAAACUCCUUCAACUCACACAGCCUCCCUGU